GCCAUCGGCAUAUCACUUAAUUAUACGGUUUUCGUUUAUAUUUUGUGUCUCAUUAAACUGAAAAAAUCGCUGGUAAAAACACGUUUUGCAAGGCUACUUUAAGCGAAUCGUGAAUGGGAGUUCUUUUAAUCUCUUUGAAAUACGUUUCCAGUUUGUUUGUUUAUUUCUUUCUAUAAAAGCAUACAUUUUCAAUCCAUUUAUAUAUAGUUUCAAGCAGUAUAGUGUAUAGUUAAGGACUAUGACGUAAUUCCAUUUAAUUUGAAUCUAAAUGCUUUUGCAUAUUUACCACAAUUUUCAUUAAUUGUGACCAAAGAAAAGAAUGGUCCUUUUGUACAGUGAGUUUGUCGCCCAAAGGUAGUUGGCUUAGUUUGUUAAACUAAAAGCUGCGAAGAUUGUUUACCAACAUCACUAAUAAAAAUUAGAUUGUGUUAUAUAGCCGAAUGUAAUAAAUUAUCUCACAUAUCGUUAUCUGUUGUCGGCAUUACCUUAAUUACCUGCUCAGAAGCCAAUGAGGAGGUGGUCUAAGCAAGUAACAAUCGUUUUAAAUAAUCAAUGAAUGAAAAUAAUUGUACCGAGUGCUGUGUAAGUAUAUCUCAGUUCGACUAAUCAAAAACCAAUGGACUAUUACGUCGGAAUUAUCAGCGGUACAAGCAUGGACGCAAUAGAUGCCGUUCUUGUGGACUACUCUACCAUGCCAGGAAAAAUAAUUGCAACAUGCUCAGAACCAAUGCCUGACGACAUAAGAAGCGAUUUUGGUUUAUUGCAACUUGUGCCAUCGAAUCCAUUCACAUUUUUACUACUGGGUAAAUUGGAAGUUCAAAUUGGAAAAGCGUUCGCACAAACUGUGAACAAACUCUUACAAGCAACGAAUUUGCAGAAAGUGCAUAUCAAAGCGAUUGGAAGCCAUGGUCAAACUGUGUGGCAUCAACCAGAUGGGGAGAAUCCAUUUACAAUACAAAUUGGGGAUCCAAACAUAAUAGCAGAAGAAACUGGAAUAACUACUGUCGCAGACUUCCGACGAAGGGACAUGGCAGUUGGUGGUCAGGGAGCACCGUUUGCUCCAGUUUUUCACGAGGCACUAUUUCGAAAUGCUGCUGAAGAUCGAAUUGUACUCAAUUUAGGUGGGAUUGCAAAUAUUUCGGUUUUGCCGAAAAAUUUGGAGAAGCCAAUCACUGGAUUUGAUACUGGGCCUGCUAAUACUCUUAGUGAUUUGUGGACUCAAAAAUAUUUAAGUAAAUCUUUCGAUGAGAAUGGUCAUUGGGCGGCAAGUGGAUGUAUAAACGAAGGACUGCUAAAGUUGAUGUUAAAGGAUCCUUAUUUUGAUCGACCAAAUCCAAAGAGCACAGGCAGAGAAUAUUUCAAUUUCGUUUGGAUUGACAAAAAUUUGCAAAGCUUUAACACGUCGGUGAAACCUGCAGAUGUUCAAGCGACUUUAGUCGAACUAACUGCAUUGACCGUUUUAAAAGGCAUUCAGCAAUGUGGUCUGACAUCAGGUUCACUGUAUGUUUGCGGAGGCGGCGCAAAAAAUUGCCACUUAAUGGAGCGCAUUCGGUAUCAUGUAGCUACAUUUAAAAUUCUAUCAACGUGUGAAUUGGGCAUUCCAGCUGAAUGGAUGGAAGCACUUGCAUUUGCUUGGUUCGCAAAAAAUACAAUCAAUGGACAAUCAGUUAACUUGACCAAUGUUACCGGAGCUCGUAAGGCAGUCAUUCUCGGUGGAAUUUAUCAAUCCUAAUUCGUAUUUAAAUUGAAUUUUUAAGUUGAAAAUUAGAAGAGAUGAAUAAUUUGGAUGAAAUAGAUUUUCAAUGCAAAAUCAAAAUAAAACUUU